GUCAACCAUAGAUACACUUAAGUGUGUAAGCUACGUACAGUGUUGCAUAAUACUAUUGCUCGAUGCAUAUUACAAAAUAUUAAUUAUCUCCUGUAAGUUUCGAAACUGUGCAAAACCCUUUUUUUAUUUAGAAUGCCGGAAAUAAGCUUAAUUGUGUACCUUGAUUGUGGGAAUUCUUUAGUUACAGCUGUAAAGAUUAGGCAAACCUAUUGGUCGCGUGAUGUUAUUAGGAUGUAUUUCGUUCCGUGGCUGGGUGGUUUUAUUAUAUACUUGCUACCAACUGCAGAAUGUUUUGGUAUUAAUUAAAGCUAUUUUAGCGUAACAAUCAUACCAUUUGUUGAUGGCUGAUACAAUCAAACAGUACAAAAUUCAGCUUUAGUUAAAAAUGAUACAUGAUAUGUCAGAAGGUCUUGCUUCGGGCCACAAGCUUCAUCGGCUUUCCAACUUUGGAGUCGGUCUUAAUAAAAAAUUUUCAAGAGUUA